AUUGACUUUGAUGACAUCUUGAGAGACUUCGAGAGAGACUCCCGUCCAAACGAGGCUAGUCAAACAAAAUUGAAAGAAGAUGACCUUCAGGAACUCACACAGUCUUGGAUAUCUGAACGUAUGGCUCCAGAACUCCUGGAGUACAAAGAUGCAUUGAUUGAGAGAAUGCUUUCGAGGAUAAGAGAACAAGUGGAGUUUAUUGAGCUGAAUUCCAUAGAGUUGCAGACCCAAGAGAAGGAUAUCAAGCUGCAGUUGAUGAUUAUAGAGUCUGAACUAGAUCGUGUGAACUUUAUAUUGAGAUCAUAUCUACGGACAAGGUUAUCGAAAAUUGACAAAUAUACCAUCUUCAUCAGAAAUGACGAAGAAAUGGUUUCGAGAUUAUCGGAACAAGAAACAGCAUACAUGGAGAAACACUUUGAGGCAUUACUCCAACUUUACAAUUCAUUAUUUUUAUCAUCUUUACCACAGCAUUUACAAGCAUUAGAUGACACCAGUGGUGGUAUUUCCAUGAUUGAGGAACCAAAUUUGAAGAGACCGGCAUUUGUCAAGGUUAUGCGAGACAUUCCUGAGGGUAUUGUCAUUGGGGAAGAAGAAAUUGAAUUAACAGUAGGGAAUAUCUACUUGAUCAGAUACUCUGCAGUGCAGAAAUACGUUCACUCCGGAGACGUUGUGCUUAUAUAG